AUGCUCUCGCGCUCGGACUCCAGCGCGCGCGUCCUGCGCAGAUGCUGCUCCUCCACGUCGGCGCGCUCCAUCCUGGCGAUCUCCAUCUGCUGCCUUGCUGUCCAGGCCCUGUUUGACGCUCCAACUGGACAGGCUGUCGUCGUCACUUGCCAUGGGCGUGUGGUCCCGGCUCAGCUGCUGCUGGCGCAGCUCCCUCCAGAGCUCCUGCCGCCGACCCGCCAUGCUGUCCUCGGGCGGCUGGCCCGGCGGCUUCCUGCGCCGGCGCUCCUGCAGCUCCCGCCGCAGUGCCUCCCGCCUCGCCUGCGGCGUCGCCUCGGCGACCGGCGGCCAGCGGAGGCCCUGCCAGCGGUCUCGCUGCAGCUGCGGGCUCAAGUCGGGCGCGCUGGACGCUCCGCCGCUGCUCGCGUCCUGGCCCCGCGGGGCGCGGCCUCCUGCGCGCGCAGGUCGUCCUCCGAGCAGGCGGUCGUGCAGGUGUCGGCCGGGCUCGUGGCCGCGAUGCCCGGCUCUCCCGCUCGGCGCCGGCGGCCCAGGAGCAGCCGGGCCCUGCGAGGCCCCGCGAGCGCCUCUUGA